AUCUUUUUUAAAUUUCUUCUUCUCUACUAUCUCCUAAUCGCUUCCUCUACUUUCCUUGUUCGGUUUCCUUUGCUUAUUCGAUAGGAAUUGAAGGGAUGAUUCACAAGAUUGUAGACACGAUUGCAGGGAAGGAAACCCAAACCAAGUUGAAUGAUGAGAUGGGCGGGAAGACGAAGAUCAGAGGAACGGUUGUGUUGAUGAAGAAGAACUUGCUGGAUUUCAAUGACCUCCACGCUUCGGUCCUCGAUCGGUUUGAUGAGUUACUUGGCGAAGGAGUUGCAUUGCAGCUCAUUAGUUCUGUUAAUGCAGACCCAGUCAAUGGGAUGCGAGGCAAGGUUGGAAAGGCUGCUUAUUUGGAAGAGUGGAUUACAACCGUGACACCGUUGACGGCCGGUGCAUCGUCAUUCAAGGUCACCUUUGAUUGGGACGCUGAUAUCGGAGUUCCGGGAGCUUUCAUUAUUAAGAACUUUCAUCACAGUGAGUUCUUCCUCAAGACUGUCACGCUCGAAGACGUUCCAGGAGUGGGUCGCCUCCACUUCCUCUGUAAUUCUUGGAUUUACCCGGCUAAGCGCUACAAAAAUGAUCGGGUUUUCUUCACCAACCAGAGCUACCUACCAGCUAAAACGCCAGAACCCUUGCGCAAGUACAGGGAGGAAGAGCUUGUUAAUCUUAGAGGAGAUGGAACCGAAGAGCUCCAGGAAUGGGACCGAGUCUAUGAUUAUGCUUACUACAAUGACUUAGGUGAUCCUGACAAGGGUCCUGAAUACGCCCGUCCCAUCCUUGGAGGUUCCACAGAGUACCCAUAUCCUCGUAGGGGAAGAACUGGCCGGAAACCCACCAUGACAGAUCCUAACUCAGAAAGCAGAUUGCCGCCACUUCCCAGUCUGGACAUUUACGUCCCCAGAGAUGAACGGUUUGGUCACCUGAAGAUGUCGGAUUUCCUUGCAUAUGCGCUGAAAUCCCUGGUUCAAUUCUUGCUCCCGGAGCUGAAAGCUUUAUGUGACAAAACCCCUAACGAGUUCGACACUUUUCAAGAUGUGUUUAAUCUCUAUGAAGGAGGAACCCAGCUACCCAGUGGUGCAUUUGAUCGUCUCAAGGACGCAAUCCCCUUCGAGAUGCUCAAAGAACUUUUCCGGACCGACGGUGAACAGCUCCUCAAAUUCCCUUUGCCUCAAGUUAUCCAACACGAUAAGUUUGCUUGGAGGACAGACGAAGAAUUUGCAAGAGAAAUGCUCGCUGGAGUGAACCCAAUUUGCAUCUGCGGUCUUCAAGAGUUUCCACCGGCAAGCAAGCUUGAUCCUAAAUUAUACGGCAACCAGACUAGUUCGAUAACCAGAGAACAUAUAGAGAAUAACCUGAAUGGGCUGCUAUCAGUCGACGAGGCUAUUAGGAAGAAGAAGCUAUUCAUAUUGGAUUAUCACGAUGCAUUGAUUCCUUACCUGGAGAGGAUUAAUUCGACUAUCACAAAAACCUAUGCAUCCAGAACAAUCCUCUUCCUGAAAGAUGAUGGGACCUUGAAGCCGUUGGCUAUUGAGUUGAGCUUACCACACCCACAAGGAGUGCAACAUGGUUCAGUUAGUAAGGUCUUCACUCCAUCCGAACAUGGCGUCGAGGGUUCAAUUUGGCAGCUGGCUAAAGCUUAUGUUGCUGUUAAUGACUCCGGCUAUCAUCAGCUCAUCAGCCACUGGUUGAACACUCACGCGACCAUUGAGCCAUUUGUGAUUGCAACAAAUAGACAGUUGAGCGUGCUACAUCCGAUCCAUAAGCUCUUGCAUCCUCAUUUCCGGGACACACUGAACAUAAAUGCCUUGGCCCGGCAGAUUCUCAUCAAUGCUGGUGGAGUGCUUGAAAAGACUGUGUUUCCGGCAAAAUUUGCCAUGGAAAUGUCUUCCGUGCUCUACAAGAGCUGGGUCUUCACGGAUCUGGCACUCCCAGUAGAUCUCAUCAACAGGGGUAUAGCAAUUCCAGACAGCAACAGCCCCCAUGGCCUCCGCCUUCUCAUUGAAGAUUAUCCCUAUGCCGUUGAUGGACUCGAAAUAUGGUCCGCCAUUGAAAGAUGGGUCCAUGACUACUGUUCUUACUAUUACCCGAACGAUGACUUGAUCCAGGGUGACUCUGAACUCCAAUGCUGGUGGACUGAGCUCCGCAAUGUGGGGCAUGGCGACAAGAAGGACGAGCCAUGGUGGCCCAAGAUGCAAACGCUUUCGGACUUGACCCAAACAUGCACAAUCAUCAUAUGGGUAGCCUCAGCCUUCCAUGCGGCAGUGAAUUUCGGACAGUAUCCUUAUGCAGGCUACCUCCCCAACCGUCCGACUAUAAGUCGUCGGUUCAUGCCUGAGCCAGGGACUCCUGAUUAUGCUGAGCUUGAGUCAAACCCUGAUAAGGUCUACCUGAAAACAAUUACAGCCCAGCUCCAAACCCUCCUUGGUGUGUCCCUCAUAGAGAUAUUAUCCAGGCAUUCCUCUGAUGAGGUCUAUCUAGGCCAAAGAGAGAGUCCUGAGUGGACAUCAGAUGCAGCAGCACUGGAAGCAUUUGAGAGAUUUGGAAAGAAACUUGUGGAGAUCGAGAACAGAAUCAUAGAGAUGAACAAUGACAAACGGUGGAAAAACCGAGUAGGGCCUGUCAAAGUGCCAUACAUGCUGCUGUAUCCUGACACCUCAAACUAUACCGGUGUUGGGGGGCUGACUGGUAGGGGAGUCCCCAACAGCAUCUCAAUCUAAACCAUCCUACUUCUGGACAAAGUGUAAGUUUUCAGCUAUAUAAUCCAAAAUUAUAUUGUUCUACCUACAAAUUAAUAGGUAUAUAUAUAUAUUCUGCAAGGCUUUGCUGGUUACGAGCAGUAAGUUUGGGAUGCAGGAGAGGAGAGAAAGAAAAUCGUAACUUAGAAGACCGCAGGACUUCUGCAGGCAAGUUCCUGUUAACAUCACCAAAGAUAAACCCAUCUCAAUUCCCUUAAUAACAAUCAUCCAUACAGUCUCUCUGUUGCUUUCUCAUGCGUCUGGUCAAACAGGUGGAGCCAUCUUGUGCUUGUUUGGAUUGCUUUAGUGGGUACAUGAAAUGUACUAUAUAUGGAUGUAUAAGCCUUUCGUUACAAGGGAUUCACUAAUCCACAGUACAACAUACAGUAUUAAGAAGCUCUUUUACUUUCA